UAGCCGUUGGGGCAGCAAUGGGUCUGCACCUAAUUCAAAGAAUCUCACUUCUGCUCCUUACUUUUACAUGUGGCAGCUGGUCAGAAACGCUCAGAAAUGGCUCAACUCCAAAUAUUAUCAUCAUGCUUAUGGAUGACAUGGGGUGGGGCGAUCUGGGGGUGUUCGGCCAGCCCUCGAAGGAGACCCCAAACCUAGACCGCAUGGCUGCUGAGGGGAUGCUGCUCCCAAACUUCUACACUGCCAACCCCCUCUGCUCCCCAUCCAGAGCAGCGCUGCUGACCGGGAGGUUACCUGUCAGAAAUGGAUUCUACACCACCAAUGCCCAUGCUAGGAAUGCCUACACGCCUCAGGAGAUCGUAGGAGGCAUCUCCAAAGAUGAGAUCCUGCUCCCACAGAUGCUGAGGAAGAUGGGCUACGUCAGCAAGAUUGUUGGCAAGUGGCAUCUUGGCCACAGACCGCAGCACCUCCCCCUAGAGCACGGCUUUGACGGAUGGUUCGGGGCCCCAAACUGCCACUUCGGGCCGUACAACAACAGCUUCCGGCCAAACAUCCCCGUCUACAACAACUCCCAGAUGGUGGGAAGGUACUAUGAAGAGUUUGGGAUUAAUGUGAAGACUGGGGAGUCUAACCUCACUCAGAUCUACCUACAGGAGAGCCUGGCGUUCCUGCGUACUCAGGCCUUGACUCAGCGCCCCUUCUUCCUCUACUGGGCCGUAGACGCCACUCACGCGCCGGUCUACGCCUCGAAACGAUUCCUGGGGCAGAGCCAGAGAGGGCGCUAUGGCGACGCUGUGAUGGAGCUGGACCACAGUGUGGGGGUGAUCCUAAAGGAGCUGAAAAAGCUUGGCAUUGCCAAGGACACCUUCGUCUUCUUCACCUCGGACAACGGAGCAGCGGUCAUGUCUGGGCCCAACCAAAGUGGAAGCAAUGGCCCUUUCUUGUGCGGAAAGGAGACCACCUUCGAGGGGGGGAUGAGAGAGCCGGCGAUCGCCUGGUGGCCGGGACACAUCCCCGCAGGGAAGGUCAGCUACCAGCUGGGGAAUGUCAUGGACCUGUUCACCACCAGCCUGGCCCUGACAGGACUGUCCCCCCCAGAUGACCGGGCCAUCGAUGGGCUGGAUCUGACCCCUGUUCUACUCAACAACUCACUCAUCGACAGGCCCAUCUUCUAUUACCGCGGCAACGAGAUGAUGGCAGUGAGGGUCGGGCAGUACAAGGCACACUAUUGGACGUGGAGCAACUCGUGGGAGGAGUUUAACAAGGGUAUUAACUUUUGUCCUGGGCAAGAAGUGGUGGGCGUGACCACCCACACCCAACAGGAACACAACCUGCAGCCACUCAUCUUCCACCUGGGGCGGGACCCUGGAGAGAAGUACCCAAUCAGUGUCCUAAGCAACGAAUACCAGGCUGUUCUGCAGCGUUUCUCCCCAGUAGUUGAGCAGCACAAGAAAGACCUGGUGCCAGGAAUACCCCAACUCAACAUGUGUGACCUGGCUGUCAUGAACUGGGCCCCAGCUGGGUGUGAGAAGAUGGGAAAGUGCCUCAAAGCCCCCAAAUCUCAGCCCUGGAAGUGCGAGUGGCCACACUAACCGCCAGUCGGCUGGCACACGGAAGCCAAUGAACACCAAGCAGCAAGAAAAUAUCAUAAGGAGCUUUUUUUGGUUUGUUGCAUAUCA